AUGGCGAGUAAAACGAUACCUUCACCUCCUGCGCUUCCCAUCUUGGGCCAUGCUGGCAGAGGCGUUUACGACCCUACUCAAGCUGUGAAAUCUUUCAACCUUCUGGAGAAAAAAUACGGCGAGAUCGUGAGGCUCAACUUCUUGGGUACCAAUGUCAUUCUGUGCUCGUCCCAACGGCUUGCGAACGAACUCUGUGAUGAGAAGCGCUUCUACAAGGAUUUACGAGGUGCUCCGUUAGAGCUGCUAAGGAAUGCCAUCGGUGACGGCUUGUUGACAGCAUACUAUGGGGAAGAGAGCUGGGGAAUUGCCCACCGCAUCCUCAUGCCCGCGCUGGGUCCUCUUAGUAUCCUCGCGAUGUUCCCCUCGAUGCUCGACAUCAACUCCCAGCUCCUCAAGUGGGAACGGUUCGGCUCAGACGUUGCUUUCGAUCCGACAGAAGAGUUCUCCCGCCUUACGUUCGAUACGAUCGCCCUCUGCAUGAUGAGCUAUCGGUUCAACAGCUUCUAUCAUGAGCACCUUUCGUCAAAGCUAUGA